CAACUAAUCCGUCCUUCCGUCGACAGGGUCAAUCAACGAUCAAAAAUGGCUUCGAGACCUACCGUCACCAUCAUCGGCAAGGAUGGCAAGUCCUCCGGCAACACCCACACUCUGCCGGCCGUCUUCCUGAGCCCUAUCCGUCCCGAUAUCGUCCAGGAGGUUCACAAGGGCAUGGCCAAGAACAAGCGCCAGCCCUACUCCGUCUCCGAGAAGGCCGGUCACCAGACCUCUGCUGAGUCUUGGGGAACUGGUCGUGCUGUUGCCCGUAUCCCCCGUGUCUCCGGUGGUGGUACUCACCGUGCCGGUCAGGCCGCCUUCGGUAACAUGUGCCGUUCCGGUCGCAUGUUCGCCCCUACCAAGACCUGGCGCAAGUGGCACGUCAAGGUCAACCAGGGCCAGAGACGCUACGCUACCGUCUCCGCCAUCGCCGCCUCCGGCGUUGCCCCUCUCCUCCAGGCCCGCGGUCACCAGAUCUCCUCCGUCCCCGAGGUUCCCCUGGUCGUCGACUCCGCUCUCUUCGAGAACGCCGCUGUCGCCCGCACCUCCGCUGCCGUCGCUCUCCUGAAGACCGUCGGUGCCGGCGAGGACGUCGAGAAGGUUAAGGGCUCCAAGAAGCUCCGCGCCGGUAAGGGCAAGCUCCGUGGCCGCCGCUUCCGCCAGCGCCGCGGUCCCCUUGUCAUCUACGACCCCGAGGUCGACGGCAAGGAGCUCGUCACCGCUUUCCGCAACAUCCCCGGUGUCGAGUCCUCCCCCGUCACCGCCCUCAACCUUCUCCAGCUCGCCCCCGGUGGCCACCUCGGCCGCUUCGUCGUCUGGACCUCCGCUGCCUUCAAGGCCCUGGACACCAUCUACGGCUCCACCACCACCCCCAGCGCCCUCAAGAAGGACUUCCUGCUGCCGUCCAACAUCGUCAGCCAGGCCGACCUUGCCCGUAUCAUCAACAGCUCCGAGACCCAGUCCGCGCUCAACGAGCCCAAGGGCUACGCUCUGACCCGCCGCUCCGCGGUCCAGAAGAAGAACCCCCUGAAGAACAAGCAGGUCAUGCUCCGCCUGAACCCCUACGCCUCGGUAUUCGCCAAGAAGGCUGCCGAGAAGAAGUAA